CCAGCUCGUCCUGCUGCUGUCACUCAGCAUCUCCUCCCCCUGCCAAUGCAUCAGGCUGCUGGUGGUGGAUGUGCAGCACACCGCCUUCUUCCAUCCACCGACGAGCCAGCCGCAGGCGCCUUUAACCAGAAAAAAACGGCUUAUGUCUUAUCCGGAAACCGUCAAAAUGACCCAGGGCGUGAUGGGGGUGCUGCCCCGCCAUCGCUAGCUAGCUCCGGACUGACUCCGGUCCCUCCCGUUCCCUUCUCCACCCCCAAACCGGCAGAGAGAAGGCAACGCUGGGCUUGGCUAGGCUAACGUUAGCGAUAACAUUUUUUUUAAUUAUUAUUUUUUUAACUACAAGCGCGACUUUAUAGCUAACAUUUCCUUGCCCCCGGGCGUGAGCCUUUUGCUAGCCGGCUAGCACCGUCGGCUACACCGCGGUGAUAAGCGACGUUUUGUCGGCUUUGGAUGUCAGCCGUCUCACGAAGAGGGUGAAAAAAAGGCGAUUUAGUUGGUAUUUUGAACCCGGUGGUGGUUAUAAUUGUUAUUAGUGAGAAGAAGGAGACACGGUACUACCGCCACCUUGUCCGAGGAACAGGGCCACAAGUGGCGGCUCGAGCUCGGCUAGCAAAGCGGGACAAGUUGACAGCGAGGCCCCGGUUGUUGAAGCUUCCCCUCCCCCUUCCUCCGCCGCCGCCACCUCCUCCUCCCAGGCCGGGUCCAGUCGUCCCCGUCCCUGCGAGACCGCCCUGCUAGCCCUCCCCGCGCCUCUCUCCUCGCCCGCCCGCCCGUGAUUUACAGAAUCGGCCGGGGCGGAGGAAAGCUGAAAAUCCGCCGGGGCGAGGCGAGUGUUUUUCUGGCUCCAAAAGCGGGACUGCCCCCUAAAAAAACGGCAAGACGGGAGGAUGACUCUGGAGUCCAUGAUGGCUUGCUGCCUGAGCGAGGAGGCGAAGGAGUCGAAGCGAAUCAAUGCCGAAAUUGACAAACAACUUCGCCGAGACAAGCGAGAUUCCAGGAGGGAGCUGAAAUUACUUCUCCUCGGGACGGGCGAAAGCGGCAAGAGCACCUUCAUCAAGCAGAUGAGGAUCAUCCACGGCGCCGGUUACUCUGACGAGGACAAGAGGGGCUUUAUCAGGCUCGUUUACCAAAAUAUUUUCACCUCCAUGCAGGCCAUGAUCCGGGCCACAGAGAACCUAAAGAUCCCCUACAAAUUCGAACAGAACCGGUCUAACGCCAUGCUGGUGAAAGAAGUGGACAUCGAGAAGAUCAACGGCUUUGACCAACCUUACAUCGUAGCCAUCAAAACCCUGUGGGCCGACCCUGGCAUCCAAGAGGCCUACGACCGCCGCCGGGAGUACCAGCUUUCAGACUCGACUAAAUAUUAUCUUAGCGAUUUAGACCGUGUGACGGCGGACGGAUACGUCCCCACCCAGCAAGAUGUGCUCAGGGUCCGUGUUCCCACCACAGGCAUUAUUGAGUAUCCAUUUGAUCUGGAGAAUGUCAUCUUCAGGAUGGUGGAUGUCGGGGGUCAGAGGUCAGAGAGGAGGAAAUGGAUUCACUGCUUUGAGAACGUCACCUCCAUCAUGUUUCUUGUGGCGCUGAGCGAGUACGACCAGGUCCUGGUGGAGUCCGACAACGAGAACCGCAUGGAAGAGAGUAAAGCUCUGUUCAGGACGAUCAUCACCUACCCGUGGUUCCAGAACUCCUCUGUCAUCCUCUUCCUCAACAAGAAGGACCUGUUGGAGGAGAAGAUCUCAUACUCGCACCUGGUUGACUAUUUCCCAGAGUUUGAUGGCCCCCAGCGGGACGCGCAGGCGGCGCGGGAGUUCAUCCUGAAGAUGUUUGUGGACUUGAACCCCGACAGCGACAAGAUCAUCUACUCUCACUUCACGUGCGCCACGGACACCGAGAACAUCCGCUUUGUGUUUGCGGCCGUCAAAGACACCAUCCUGCAGCUCAACCUCAAAGAGUACAACCUGGUGUGAGCGAGGCGGCGCCGCUCCUGUCGCACAAAAGGCACGCCACCUUUUUCAGAGUGCACUCAACUUUUUGAGCACCAUGCCCACACACACACACACACACUCUUCCCAACGCGCACACUCACAACACACCCUUUUUUUGUUGUCGUCUCCAUCCAAGCGCAGCUCUUUCCAAAGCCGCUCCCCCCACCCCUCAUCCCUCCCGCCUCGACGGGCAUGGCAACUCUCACACGGUGACUGAAAAGGACGUCGGUGCUUAUUUUUCUGUGUUUGUGACACCCGUGUGUUCCCUUUUUUUGAGAUACGGAAGGAACCCCCCCUCCCCCACCGCCACCCACCCACCCGGAACCAGGCUCCCGUGGCACGCCGCCACCCGGGGGAGGGGACUGGAGAGGCUCGCAGGAGGAUUGGGCCUCCACCUCACGUCUCUGAAUGUACCCAGGUGUGAGCCUUGCAGUCGCAAAAAAACAAAAACAAACAAACAAAAAAAAAGCUCUAAAUAGAACUGUGUAAUGCGGUGGAAAUAAAUACGUAACCACAUUUGAAACAUACACGAAAAGCACGAAUGGGGGAGGGGGGGCAAGAACAUGUGUUUUUAAUCGCUGUUUUUAACGGUAGAAAUUUGUCGCUACCAUUUAGCAAAUCAUGGCGAAGAGGAUAAAAUGUAUUUGAGGACAUUACAUAAGUAUUUUGCUUUUGAUUUAAUCGCACCGCUUCCCUCAUCCAGAUGUUUUCUGUAUGCAUUCAAAGCAGGGGUGUCCAAAGUAGGGACCGGGGGCCUUUUUUCUUUUUUUCUUUUUUUUCAUAUUCUCACAUUGCAUUUAAUUUGUUAUUAAUAAGAUAUGUUAAAUGUUACAUUCAUUUGCAAAGCCAGGAUGUUGUGUUGACCCUGGAAGAAUCAAGAGUGCCCUCAGUGAAAACAUUUGGACACCCCUAAUGAUUUACAGGGACAAUCAUGUGACCCCCCCCCCCCGGCGCUUUUAUUCUGAAAAACACACAGCUCGUCGAAGUAAACACUAGUUUUGUCUUGAUAACGCCGUCCAGUCAGACGCUUCCUGACUUAUAUCAGGAUGUGCUUGGUUUUUUUUUUUUUUAACUGUAUAGUCACUUUGUGUUAAAAACAAAACGACAAAAAAAAAAAAAAAAUUGAUCGCUUGCUAUUUGAGUGGUGAGAGGGAAAGGGGCGGGGCUACAAUCCUUUCACUGACACUCUGACGUCUGCAAUUUUGUGUAUAUUUGUUUGUAAAUACAUAUACACGACACUGAUGUACAAAAAAAAUGCUCCGUGGUACACCAUCUUUGGCAACGACAACAAAAUAGAUAAAAGUAUCACGGGUUUGUUAGCUUUUUUUUUUUUUUGCUUUUUUUUUUUCCCAAUGCUAGUAUCGAAACUGUGAUCAUGUAUUUUGUUGACUUGAUUUAAGAGGACGUAAAAAAAAAAAAAAAAAAAUUACAAAAAAAAAAGUAACAAGCAGCAAUUUUCACGAUACGGUGACAAUUCUAAGAGUAAUUUCUUUUAAUUUAUCUAAUUUAUGGACCAGGUUUGAAGGUGUUGAUAAUUUCGACUGCUUUUGAUGCUGUCAUGUGUUAUUAAUAACGCGCUCCCUUUUUUUUUUUUUCUUCUCACGACGGAGCCUACUUGAGUCUGAACUGCUGUUAAAAACAAAAAAAAGAAUAAUAAUAAUAAUGAAUGUCUGGUAUCAUAAGGACAGUAUAUUUUGCUUUCUAUUUGGGACAAUUCCAUUCGUACUUGGCGUCUCCACCCAGCGUUGUUUUCUUUAGGAGCCGUCACCUUUUAUUUACAAAAAGAAAGUGUAUUUCCUCGAGGUUAUAUAUGAAUAUAGAGCGAGAGAGAGACAGCGCUGUAAUGCUUACAUAGACAAUGUACAAAACAUAAGUGGAUUUUUUUCUAAUGUUGACUUGGAAAUCCAUGCUUGCUGUUUGUAAUUGAACUUUUUUUUUUUUUUUUUGCAUUGUUCUUUUCCAGUUAAUUGAGGCUUGCGUUGAUAGUGCCAGUGAAGUGCAUAUAUAUAUAUAUAUAUAUAUACAUAUGUAUGUGUAUAUAUAUAUAUAAUUUUUUUUCAAGUCAUCCUCAUUAAGGGCUAUCACAGUGGGGAGCAUUUGCAGCGUCCAUGCUUUUGUGCAGAAACGGACACGACUUGUGCGCGCGUUAGAAGAGGCGGGAUGUCAAUGCCAACCCCAAAAUGGUGUAUUUUUCUGACCGUUUACACGCACUAAGCAGCUUUUUUAUUACAUUUGACAGAUGAGGCCCUGGUGUUCUGCAGUGUUAUCCGCUAGGACCUCAUUUUACUUUCAAAACAAAACACUACAGCCACAAUAAGUAUUGCAUGUUUCCCAAUGUUGGCCUACUAAGUGUUGUCACCGUGUGUUAUGUUCAACACGAAAAUAAUGUGAUGGGGUUUUUUUUGUUUGCCUGUGUAUUAAUUAACCAUUUUCUUUUUGUGUCACUUUCCCACACUGGGGAAAACUCCCAAGCAGAUUUUACGGUAAAAAAAAACAAAAACAGAUUAAAUUCAGUCGCCAGAAUUUGAAGGUAUAAAUAAAAGUGGUACUGUUUUAAAAUUGCAGUCAUGCGCUGUAAAAAAAACAA